CCUAGUGAUACCCUCCCCCUCGCAAGAUCCUCUGCCGCCUCGUCCUCAACAGACCUGUGAUACCCAACCCCUUCAGACUUGAGCAAAGAGACCCCCACUCAACAAACCAUCAAUAUGAAGUCUGCCGUCAUUCCUCUGGCCAUUGCCGCCAAGUUCGCCGUUGCCAACCCCAUCGACGCGCGUCAAGUCUCCGACGCCCCGGCCUUCACCGCCGCCGCCGAUGCUCUCAUCUCAGCCUACAUCCCCACCGACCAGUGGGACUCACUGACCUCGGCCUUCGGCUCCGCCGCCAGCGCCGCCAGUGUCACCGGCGACCUCAAGUCUUACAUCUACUCCGUCCUCAAGGCCACCAGCACCCCGGACUGGUUCGCCGCGGCCAUCCCGACUCAGUACACCAGCCAGUACGGCGCCCUCGAGUCCGCCAUUGAGAGCCUUCGCCCUACUGCCGCCCCGGCCGGCACCCCCGUGCCUACCGUCAUCGCCGUGACCACCACCAACUCGGACGGCAGCACCAUCACCACCGAGAUCUCUGCUACUGUCACCCCCAUCCCGACCACAAUCACCACCGACGUCGUACCCACGCUCUCCGCCAGCGUCGUGACCGGAACCGACUCCGCCGGCAGUGCCUUCACCUCCACUGUCGUGAACACCGCAUCCGAGUCCGCUACUGGAACUGCUGCUACCACCGGUGCCUCCGAGUCCGCCUCCGCAACUGAGAGUGGAGCCUCCGAGUCCAGCGGCGCUUCCGCCACUGACGCCUCCGGCUCUGCGACCGGUUCUGCUGCACCCUCCUCCACUGAGGCCCCCAACGCUGCCUCGACCGCCAUGGUUCACGGCCUCGCCGCUGUUGCCGCUGGUGUUGUCGGUCUCGUCAUGGCCUUCUAAGUGGGAUGAGGUGAUGAGUUAACGUAUGUUGAGUGAAACGCAAUAAACGGUCGGAAUAAUGAGGCAAACGGCAUGAAGACUUGUAGAUAAUGACUUUUUUGGUUCAAUCACCUUCUCAUCUUGGUC